CUUGUAGCUUCAGCGAGUAUGCCUUGUGUACGCGUCAAGUUGUUCCAGCGUGCACUAGUAGCCACCCAUUCCUAGAAUUCCGGCUUGUACUACAUCCAGAAGUGCCCCGUCCGCGCAUCGCGUCCUAUGGCCUUCCUCGCCCUGCCAGGAGCACCAAUCUCCCUACCCUCGUCCGCCUUACCACACGCCUUAUCUUGCCGGUCCACCCGAGCGAGGGUCCAACGGUCGGCCAAGCCAUUGCGGUGUUCAGCCGGCAGCGAGCAGCCGUCAGCCGGCAAUGGCAGCUUGACCGGUCGUGAGGGGAGUGCUGGGGACCCUAAUCUUGCCGGUUCCGACUCGACCGCCGGCGGUCCGUCUAAUGGCGCGUCGUCAGCUUCGUCCUCGGAGCCGGUAGCGUCGCCGUCGGCGGCGGCGGCUGCUGCGCUCCGCGCAUUGGACGCGCAGCUGCUGGAGCUGGCGCGGGAGGAGCGGCAGAGGCGCGGGAUAGGGACGGGGACUGGGGGAAGUGGGGGAAGCGAAGGCGCAAGGGGAAAGAGCGGAACGAGCGCGGCUGUUCCGGCCAGCCCCGGACCUAGUAGCGGCGGCACGGAGAAACCAGCGCUGCAAGUGGGGCGCAAUGCGAGUGCAGACGGGUGGCCGGAGUUCGACACGCCCUUUCUAGCCUAUUCCGGCGGCGCGCUGCUGCUGCUGACACUGCUCUCCAACCUCGUCUUCUCCUGGGCCUCCAACUCCUUUGCACCGGAUCAACCUGCUGCUCCACUCCCUGAGGCAUCGGCGCAGCCGCGCUCGCAGAUGGCGCGGCUCAUCCAGGAGAAGAUCAGGAGAGGAGCGGAGCUGAACGAUCCAGGGGCUGUACAGGCGCCUGCGCUGAAACUCUAGAGAUGGUGGCCCGUGGUUGUUUUAGGAUGGGGAUUGCCAUUCACUUCGUCAUUUGGAGUGGUAGCUUGCUGAUUUUGUCGCGUAGACGGAUGGAGUGAAUGCUGGAGGAGGUGGGUCAUCUUACAUAGAUGUACUAGUCUCAG